UACAUGCCUUAAACACCUUGUUUCAAAAUAGCUACUGUCCAAAGAUCAGCCAAUAAUAUACUAAAUAGGAUAUCAACUGAAUGGAAUUUCAAUAGAAUAUGCUAAAUAAAACACGCCUGAAAAUACAUCUGAGCCUACUGUUGGAAUAUUAACUAAAAAGUGGUGAAGCAAAAUCCAAACGACUAACAUCAAGUUGGCAAAUCCAUGUGAGUCAGAGCUCUGGCGAAUCAAAGUAUAAUCUAAGUCUAUCAGAACAAAAGCAAAAAUGUGUGACAAAGAUUUACCUGCAAGAGCGCUUUCAGAGGGCCAAACUAAGAGCGUUAGGCUUGGAAACAAAACAUCGAAUCAAUGUCAGAUAUGUUACAAAACAUUAAUGACAAAAGUCAGUCUGGAAAAGCAUAUUACGUUAAGGCAUCCUGAAGGGCCUUUUGUAAAAUGUUCAAUAUGUAACAAAACAUUAAAAUUCCUUUCUCUGAAGUUCCAUAUGUUUAACCAUUCUGAUGAACGACCUCUAAAAUGUGCAUUAUGUAGCGAAACAUUCAAGUCUAAAACAAAAUUAAAGGUUCACAUGUCAAAGCAUACAGGUGUACUUCCUGAAAAAUGUCCGUUUUGUGAAAAACGUUUUGCAUAUAAACACAAUAUGAAGGGGCAUAUAAUGAUGCAUAAAAACAUUCGACCUGAGAAAUGUACUUUAUGUUUUCAAUCAUUCACAAGGAAGGCCUAUUUAAGGGAACAUAUGAUGACACAUACUGGAGAACGUCCCAACAAGUGUCUAAUGUGUGAUAAGACUUUUGCUCAAAAAUGUAAUUUAAGGACGCAUAUGUCAUUGUGGCACGCAGGCAAACAAACUAAUGAAAGUGCUGUAUCCAGUAAAUCUCACACAAAAGCUCGUUCUAAACAGGGACGACAUGAAAUAUGUGUUAUUUGUAAACAAACGUUUGAAAAAGUAGACCUAACAAAUUUGAAGCGGCAUAUGCUGAGGCAUACCGGGGAACGACCUUGGAAAUGUUUAACAUGUAAUAGAACCUUUUUAAGGUCAGAUGCUUUGAAGCGUCAUAUGUUGACUCAUACAAAUAAACUUGCUGAAAAAUGCCCAACAUGUCCUAAAACAUUCAAUCAAAAGUACCAAUUAAAGAAGCAUAUGUUAACGCAUUCGUCUGAUACGUCAACGCACACACCACGUCAACAGCAUGAAAAAUGUCCAAAGUGUUCUCAAACGUUCACACGAAAGUGGUCGUUAGAGCGGCAUUUGUCAUCACAUUGCUCCAAACACAAAUAG